AUGUCUACUCAGACCGCGACUACGACUACCUCCCAGCCUUCAGAGAUUGUGUCUCAGCUGAAGUUUGAUACUUCAAUCAACUACAAGGAGAAUGAGUACAAAUAUUCCCACUAUCUCCCACAUUUCAAACCAGGCUUGCAACCACCCCUGGAAGAGUUCAAGCAUACCGACCCAGGCCUCCGUGCCGAUCCUGCGAAAGCUGCCCUCUUGAAUGCCCCAGGCUCUUCGUUCCAGGAGAUCACCCCAGCUGUGGGCACUGAGGUCCAUGGUCUCCAGCUCAGCUCUCUCGAUUCCAAGCAAAAGGAUGAACUCGCGCUUCUGGUAGCCGAGCGCGGAGUUAUCGUCUUUCGUGGACAGGACUUUGCCGAUAUUGGUUUUGACAAGCAGAAGGAGUUCGGUGCUCACUUUGGCAAGCUGCAUGUUCAUCAGCAUGGAGGACAUGUCAAGGACUAUCCCGAGCUGUUGCCAGUCUACCGAGACUUUACAGCUGGUGCAGUAGACAAUGAGAUCAAGAAUAAUGUCAGCAGCAUCAAGUGGCACACCGACAUGUCUUAUGAGAUCAAUGGCAUGGGAACAACCAUCUUCUUGGCACUUGACGCCCCUCAAUCAGGAGGUGACACGCUCUAUCUCUCGACAGUGGCCGCAUACAAUGCGCUAUCACCACUGUAUCGUGAGAAGCUGCACGGCCUCGAAGCCACACACUCUGGAUUUGAGCAGGCUAGGGUUGCUGAUCACAAGGAGCGAUAUAUCCGCGAACCGAUUGAGACGAUCCACCCUGUUGUUAGAACUCACCCUGUAACCAAGUCCAAGUCUUUGUAUGUCAACCGUCUAUACACGAGGCGGAUUCAAGGCUUGAAGGAAGAAGAGAGUGCAAACAUCCUCAACUUCCUUUACGACCACAUUGAGCAUGGCCAAGACUGGCACAUUCGAGUACACUGGACACCAGGCACAGUUGUUGUCUAUGACAACCGGAUCACCCAGCAUUCCGCCCUCCGCGAUUUUCAGGUCAAGGAGGGUCAGACCCGACGGCACAUGUUGCGCAUCACACCCCAGGCUGAGAGGCCAUACUUUGACCCCAACGUCUAG